GUGAAUAUGGAUUAUCUAUGUAUUUUUAGGAGGGCCAUCAAGAAUGCUCGAAUCACAGACCAAACCUCCUUCAGCUGGAUCUCAGACCAAACCACUUUCUCCUGAACUGGUUGAGCGGUGUGCAAAUGAUUUCAAGUUCAAGUACAGGUCAACUGUCUGUAAGAUCAGAGCUGAUCCUCUCAAUCCUGCUUCCACUGUGCAGUUUCAAGACAUGUAUACUAAUCUUGUCUUACUAGAAGAACAUAGGACAGAGAAACGAAUGCUAGAUUACAAUGAUAUCCUUGAUCUCAAAGUCAAUGGAGAGUUCCCCAAGCGGAUCAUGGUUCAGGGAGAGGCAGGGGCUGGAAAAACUACAUUUUGUGCUAAGAUUGCCUGGGACUGGAUUGAAGGGAGGCAUUUCAGUCACUUUGUGUGGGUCUUGAUUGUUCCUCUACGUGAAUUCAAGCAACACACUAUUGGCAAGAUUGUAAAGUCUUAUCUGGCCAAAGACAAUCCAGCAACGGUUUCUCAGAUUACUGAGUAUAUCCAGUCAAAUCCUGACAAGGUAUUCAUCGCAUUUGAUGGGCUAGACGAAGUCAGUGGCGAAAUCAUGAAGUCAAAAUCCUGCGAAUCACAGUCUACUGAUCAAAUGCAACUUCAGCCAUCACAGCCAAGUGUCAAAUCUUCAGAGGCAUGUGGAAGCUUAUCUGAGACUGGUGAUAUUGGACUUGUAGAUAUUCUUUGUUCCGAUCAACUUGCCUCUUGCCCUGUCUUGGUUACCACUCGCCCAUGGAGAGCAGUAGAGAUUAGAUCAGAUGGUGAUCUAAUGAAGCUCUACACAUUCAUUCAUGUUGAGGGUUUCAACCGAGAGAAUUUGUCAGUUUACAUUCACAAAUACUUUCCAAAGAAUGAGGAUAAAGCAAAUCAGCUUAUCCAGUUCACCCGUGAGAAUGAUGUCAUAUAUGAAAACAUGGCCCACUUUCCUAUAUAUGUAGCCAUGUUGUGUCUUAUGUGGAAAGAACUUGGUGAGCAAAAACUAAAGGAAAUGAAAUCACUGAAAACUUUUUCCCAAAUAUUCAAAACAAUGAUUGCCUUUCUAAAAGAACAUUAUGCUCAGAAAGAGGUGAAGAAAGUAGGCAGCCCCUCACUUCUUGCCUUUUUGAAAAAAAUUGAUGAGCUCCUUAUACCAAUUGCCAAACAGGCCCUCAAUGGUCUGCUAGAAAAUACCUUAGUUUUCGGUACAGAUGAUUUCGAAAUAUGCCCAGAAUCCAAGGACACUGCCUGUAGGGUUGGGAUUUUGUCUCAGGAGGACAGAAUUACCCCUAGCAUGGACAUGCAUAAAGGGAAUUCUUAUGUGCAAUUGCCAGUCUUCUUCCCUCACAAACUGUUUCAGGAGUACAUGGCUGGAGUCCAUCUUGCUUCCCUGUAUGAAUCAGAUCGUAAUGAAUUCAAGAGGCUGAUUGAGCAAGUAGUGCUGCCAAGGAAGGGGGAGUUUAGGUAUCUACUGUACUUCACUGUGUCACAGAACAAAAGUAUUGCAACCCAUGUAAUGAAGUCUAUGCUUCAGGGAAAAAACAGGGAUUCAUUGGCCAUAGGUAAAGAGUUACCUUUCAUUGUUGAUGUAGCCUUUGAGAGUCAGGACCGAGAUGUAGCGGCCGUGGUGAAGGACAGGGUUUCAUCAGAGGAGAUUAAGCUGACCAUAGACACAUUGACGACAGCACACACUGUAGCUGGUUAUGCAUUCAUUGGACCACAUGUGGUUGAACUCCAUAUUAAGAGAAAUUGUGGACCUACUAUGUCACUUGAUGUGGCAGAGAUGAUAUGCUCCAUGCCAGCCUUGAAGGAAGUUUCUGUUUUUGAUUCCAAAUUACAUCUUCAUUUUUUUGAAACACUUGCAAGGAGAGGAAAAGAAUCAAAGAAAAUUCACAAACCUUAA